GUGACUGUUGGAACUCGUGUUUCAGUCUCUGGCGACUCGAGCCGACUUCUCUUCUUAAAAAGACUUGAACCCGUUCUCCUCCUGCACCACCUCCUCUACCUCCUCCCCCUGAACGACGUGCAGGCUCGGGUAGAAACACCGCCGGGACACCGCGGGAGCAGCAGCGUGUGGAGCUUUUAUUUUGAAAGAGCCUCACGGGAAAAACAUCCCUCCUCGUCGUGUCACUUCGAGGGUCCGACGGAUUCUUCUUGUUCCGGAGAUCAGAAACUGUUCCUAAUAUCAUUUUCGGCGGCUCGUUGAAAAAAACAAAAAGACCCACCUCGAUCUCUUGCGCCUGACGGGUUUUUUAAAACUACAGUUGACCCGAUUCGACAUUAUUUAGCGAGUUCAAUUUCUCUCUCUCUCCCUCUCUAGCGAGUUCCACUUUUUCCUCGUUUCUUUGAACGCGCUUCAGAUAUGAUGAUGUCACCGACGCCACUUUUCCCUGAAGUUAUGGCGGAGCGCAACUUUCCCGACUUCUCUUGAGAAAAGCCCGAGCGGCGCAGUGGCCGUUGAACGCCUCAGCAGGGGCCUACAGGCGGACGCUCGCAGUCGGACGUGAACCCACCAGCAGCGGCAGGAGGAGUCAGGCCUCGACGCAGCGUCCUCACGACAGCUUCGACACUUUGUUCACGUCUCGGCUCCAUUUGUUGUUUCAACCACUGAGAGCACUUGGCCGUACUAAUGGAGCACCUCCAGGGAGCGUGGAAGACUCUGAGCAACGGCUUCGGGAUGAAGGACUCGGCGUUCGAGGGCCCGUGCCUCUCGCCGACCUCGGUGCAGGGCUUCUCCUGCCAGCGACGCUCCUCGGAUGACAGCAAGAUGCCCGACUCCAAGGCGAGCAGCACUAUCAGAGUCUACCUCCCCAACCAGCAACGCACUGUGGUAAAUGUGCGACCGGGCAUGACUCUGCACAACUGCCUGAUUAAAGCGUUAAAGGUGCGAGGUCUGCAGCCGCAGUGCUGUGCCGUCUUCAGGCUUCAUCCAGGACAGAGGAGUAAGAAACUACGGAUGGAUUGGAACACCGACUCCACCUCUCUGAUCGGGGAAGAGCUGCUGGUGGAGGUUUUAGAUCACGUUCCUUUGACGACACAUAAUUUUGUUCGGAAAACAUAUCUGAAGCUGGCCUUCUGCGACAUCUGCCAGAAGUUUCUCUUGAACGGUUUCCGUUGUCAAACAUGCGGCUACAAGUUCCACGAACACUGUAGCACCAAAGUGCCCACGAUGUGUGUGGACUGGAGCAACAUCAGGCAACUGCUGUUGUGUCCGACACCCGGUGAGAGCGGUGCCCCGUCACUGCCUCCGCUGACAUCACGGCGAAUGAGAGAGUCCUUAACACGGUUUCCAAGCUCCGCCCACCGAUAUUCCACCCCUCACGCCUUCAACUACACCGCGCCCUACCCACCCACGGGCGGCGGCCUCUCCCAGAGGCAGCGCUCCACCUCCACGCCCAACGUCCACAUGGUUAGCACUACCCUGCCUGUCGACAGCAGCAUGAUUGAGGAUGCGAUGCGUGAUCACGACUCGGGAGGAAGUUCCCCCAACCAAAGCCCCACCGGCUGGUCCCAGUCCCAAGCCAAAGCCCCUGCACCUGCCCAGCGCGAGAGGGCCCCGUCCCCCAAAACACACGAGAAGAAUAAAAUUAGGCCUCGGGACAAGCGUGACUCGAGCUACUACUGGGAGAUCGAGGCCAGCGAGGUGUAUCUGAACUCCCGCAUCGGCUCGGGCUCCUUUGGAACUGUAUACAAAGGGAAAUGGCAUGGUGAUGUGGCAGUGAAGAUAUUAAAGGUGACCGACCCCACGCCGGAGCAGUUGCAGGCUUUCAGGAAUGAGGUGGCCGUCUUGAGGAAAACGCGACAUGUCAACAUCCUGUUGUUCAUGGGCUACAUGACGAAGGACAACCUGGCCAUCGUGACGCAGUGGUGCGAGGGCAGCAGCCUCUACAAACACAUCCACGUGCUGGAGACCAACUUGAAGAUGAUCCAGCUCAUAGACAUCGCCAGGCAGACGGCUCAGGGCAUGGACUACCUGCAUGCAAAGAACAUCAUUCACCGUGACAUGAAGUCCAACAACAUCUUCUUACACGAAGGGCUUACGGUGAAAAUCGGCGACUUCGGCCUCGCUACGGUGAAGGCCAGGUGGAGCGGCUCUCAUCAGGUGGAGCAGCCGUCUGGAUCCAUUCUGUGGAUGGCUCCCGAGGUCAUCCGGAUGCAGGACAACAAUCCCUACAGCUUCCAGUCCGACGUCUAUUCCUAUGGAAUCGUUCUGUACGAGCUCAUGACGGGAGAACUCCCGUACGCCAUGAUCGCCAACAGAGAUCAGAUCAUCUUCAUGGUGGGCAGAGGAUACUUGUCCCCGGACCUCAGUAAGCUCUACAAGAACUGCCCCAAGGCCAUGAAACGGCUGGUGGCCGACACCAUCAAGAAGUCCAAGGACGAGCGGCCGCUGUUCCCGCAGAUCCUGUCCUCCAUCGAGCUCCUCCAGCACGCCCUGCCCAAGAUAAACCGCAGUGCCUCCGAGCCGUCCCUGCACCGAGCCGCUCACACCGAGGACAUCAACGCCUGCACUCUGAUGUCCAUGAGGUUGCUCGAGUUCUAGAGGCGACCGGCGGCACCGGCCGGCCUUCGCCACUUAGAAACCAAAUACUCUCCGUGCAGAUACGCCAAUAUACGCGUUAAAAAAAUAAAAAAUAAAAAAAAAAGUACCGUACAUGCAAUCAAUCAUAAAACUGUUCGCUAAUCGAUGAAAUCUGUAAAGACGAGAAGGGGAAGAGGCGACGGAUUGCGGCGGACACAUGAAGAUGUUUGGUGUGAGACCGCUUCACCGCUGCUGCACGCAUUCAGAAGUUCGCAGAGGCUCCGUGGUUUUGCGAUGCGUUUCGUUAAAUGUUGUAAAUACACACACACACCUACACACACACACACACACACACACACACCUACACCUACCUAAGAUGGCGAUGGAUGGACAUUGAAGGAAGCUCAAAAAGAAAGGACAGAUGUCUUUUUUAAAAUUUGGGUUACAUGAUGUGAAGCACACACACAACCACACACACCCCCGGCCCGUCUGUCGGGGGGUUUCUGAUGAAGACGACCCCCAUUACAGUUGAACCUGCCUUAAGAGGAAAACCAAGCCUGGACGAAAGCUCCUGCACAACUUCGAUUCCUCUCUUAUCACAAACAAAAAAGGCGUUUGUCGAUUUAGUCCAUUUUAGUUGCACAGUAGUAGGCGUUUUUUUUGUUUCGUUGUCUUAAAUGACGAUGGAGUAGAUAUGGGAAAUGUAUUUUCUUUUCUUUUUUCUUGUUUUUGUUGUCAUGAUGUUUUUUUUCUUCUCUUUUUGACUUCUCUUUAUUUUUUCGGGGCGGGGUCUUUCUGGAGGAACUAUACAGCGAACAUGAGCGACCAUGGGAAAACGUUUUAUGUUUCAACACUGCGGUUUCAGAUAAUGUACGACACGUUUCUCGUCCGUCCUUCUUCCACGUGUCGGUUUAUCGUGAGCUGGACUUUUUGUUUUUCUUUUGCCGGUCGUCUUAAAAUAUUUAAAAAUCAUUUUUCGGGGGGGCAAACAAAGAUGUUGUUUUUUUUUCUUUUCUUUAUCGUGUCUCUUUCAGGAGGUUUAAAAACGUUUUAUCGUGAGCGCGGUGAGAAAGUUGUCUAUUCAAUAUUUUAAUAAAAAUUUAAGUUAAAUCUC